CAAAUCCCGCAGAUAUUUGCCGAGGAAAGAGAAGCCAAGCGAAGCUCAUUUUCUUUCUCUGGCAGCUUAGACAUAGCACAAUCACAAGCUCCACUCUAGGGUUUCGCUCUUUACUUUCUCUUCACCACUAACUCGAGUCUUUUUUAGGCGUUCACCCAUAGAAUUAACUGGAUUACGAAAAUGACAAAAUUCAGGAAGCUGGGUCGACCCACCGGUCAUCGGAUGUCCAUGCUCAGAACCAUGGUUUCGCAGUUGGUGAAACACGAGCGUAUCGAAACUACUGUGGCCAAGGCCAAAGAGAUCAGACGACUCGCCGAUAAUAUGGUUCAGCUUGGAAAGGAGGGAUCCCAAUGUGCUGCAAGUCGUGCUGCUAGUUUUGUGCGAGGAGAUGAUGUCCUUCACAAGCUGUUUACAGAACUGGCUUAUCGGUACAAGGAUAGAGCUGGAGGAUACACCAGAUUGCUUCGGACCCGAAUUCGAGUGGGUGAUGCUGCACCAAUGGCCUAUAUUGAGUUUAUUGACAGAGAAAAUGAGCUUAGGCAGGCAAAGCCACCAACUCCUCAGCCGCCACAGAGAGCACCCCUAGACCCCUGGACACGUUCUCGUCUCAGUAGACAAUUUGCUCCUCCUAAAGAGGAAAAAUCUGGAUCUGAUUUGUGAUUCUAUCGAUAGUAAUGCGGAUAAGCCGAUACUAUGUUUUUCCCAACGUAGCAUGGCAUAUCAUAAUUUUGGUCUUGCUUAUUUAAUCAAUCUUCAAAUGGUUUGAAAAAAAAAAGAAAGUAUUCUCUUACUACUAGAGAAAAUGUUCAUCGCUAUGUAAAAAUAAUUCAACUGAAUCUAUAAUUGACAAAUGAAAAGGAAAAUAUCAGAACACGUUUAUCUUUCUGAAGUUUGAUGCCUGAGUUUUAUUAUAUUUUUAGUUGGAACAUGAUAGCUUCAUUCUUCGAAAGAAUUAAUUUUUAUUUUGCCUUACAAGGAAAAAAAAGGUUUAAUGAAUCGACUUGUCCUUGAAAACUCAAGAAAAAUCUGAUUCCCCCUCUCUUUUGGUAUCUUGAGCCUAAAUCAAUGACUUGUUACGCAACCUUGUGAUCCCCCUUUCAUUGCAAGUGCAUUCCAGUGUUGUACAUCCGAAUAAUUGAAUUGUUACGUUUGGCGGUUGAAAAUCCUACAGCAUAUGCGGUGCUCUGUUUGCUUAUGGAGUUUCCAUAAAAUCCUAACUGCCCUGCAUGGCGGCAAUGUGUAUCGCUUGAUGCAGUUGAGAACAACGAUUAUCAAAUAGGAAAAGAGAAAGCUUGCAUGGUCAGGAACACAAAGAUAAGCUGUUCAGAUAUCAAUUGGAAGCGACUAUUAAUAACCGUUGAACGAUUGAGCCUUGUUAUUGUGCUCAGGCCACAUGAUAUAAGCGUAUUAAAAUCCGUAAGUUAAAUAACCAGUCCUAUCAUUAUGUAUAUCUGUAAAGAUACGUCCUAAAAUACUGUAACGAGUUUGAUGUUACAGCACAAAAACCUAAGCUUUGUAAGAGUACAUGAUAUUUUAGGUUCAGAGGGAAGAGACAACCCUGUCAUUCUCGUGCACCAUGUAUAAUUAUGAGAUAAAGCGUAGCUUCUUCCUAUAUUUCCUCUCUUUUGUCGAUACAAACUUCCAGUUAUAUCUAAUCUGCAGGUAGUGAAGAGGACAGUUUUCAAAAAGUGGUCCCUUCUUAAGAUGUCAACACUUAACAAUUCUGAACAGCGUAAAGCAAAUGGAUAUAACUAGGAUGCACAGAAUCUGCUUCGUCUUGUCAUGAUUCACAAGCGUGCAAAAAUUUAAGCUAUAGCAUUGAGUUCUUAUUGCUUUGCUUGCAAUACGGUACACAUACUGCCUCACGUCUCCAUUUUUCGUUAUCCCAUACAGUCUCAGUGGGGGAUUAUAAAGAAUUUUAUAUCCGUUAAUGGCUUUAUACAUUAAUAUUAUUUAUCG